UGGAGGUGGAGGUCGUGGCAGUACAGGUGGUGGAAGCGGUUCCGGAGCAGGCAAAGGUGCAGGAGCAGGCAAAGGUGCAGGAGCAGGCAAAGGUGCAGGAGCAGGCAAAGGUGCAGGAGCAGGCAAAGGUGCAGGAGCAGGCAAAGGUGCAGUGUAGCAGGAGGAAAAUCAGGUGGAAGUGGUGUUAUAGGUGCUGUACUAGCCGGGGCAGCUGGUGCAGCUGCAGGAGCCGCCAUAGCAUCAUCUUUGUAUCAUUACAACCCCACUUACUACGGCUACUACCACUUCUAUCACGGUUACCAUUCUGACGAAGAUUAUGGCCCGUCUGAACCUCAACUACCGGCCGCCACUGCGCAAGAUAAAACUGAUGCGGCGAGUAUUGUAAAUGCUCAAUUUAGUGAGAAAGUCAUCGCCUCCAUACUUCCAUUUCGAGAGCAAGUCAAUCGUCAAGUGAUAAAUAGUGAAAUCGCUAAUUACAAUGAGGGGGAACGCCUCAUAGAUCCAAUGUUUAAACCGAUUCAUGAAGAGAAUCCAGUAUUCAAGGAUCUAUGCUUCGGUUUGGUCAACGAUCCAAUCACUGUACUGACAAUGUAUUUGGGAGAAUUUCUUCACAACAGAGAUGAAACUUUCAUUAUCAUCGUUUUAACAUUGUGUCAAGAAAUGAGUGCGAUGCACUUUAUUUACAAUCACAGGCAUAAAAACGGGCUGACUAACCGACGUAAAAAGCAGCGACAUCCGUUCUCUAAUUUAAUGAAAGUUUGGGUGGAGAAUGAUCGAGAUCCUGAAGAUACUGCUUUCACAACUGAUGAUGUAAAAAAUAAAGCAGAAAGUUUGGAAAACGAAUAUCCGCAUUGGAAAGAAACUCGAGAUGAACUAGAAAACACACUGAUCAGAAAGAGUCUGAAAUUUGGAUUAGCUGUCAUAGAAAAAUUCCAUGAUGAUCUAAAAAUAAGCAUCGAAGACGCCAUCAAACAAAAAAUCAAAAAUCACGAUUUGGUCGACGCGUACACUUCAUUGGGUAAAUUUUCACAAGUCGCGUGCGGUCUAAAUCCAGUAAAACCCAUCAGAUCUGUAUUUUAA